AUGGAAGGCCGCUGCCAAUGCGGCACGGUGCGAUUCCGCACGCCCCUGGAAAAGCCCAUCAAAUGGUACAUCUGCCACUGCCACGAAUGCCGGCGCCAGAGUGCCAGCGCCUUUGGCAUCUCGGCCAUCUUCCCACAUUUUGAUCUGGGUUCCCAGCCCGCAGCAGCGUCGGAGUCAUUAGACGCGGAAUCUUCUUCUCUCUCGGCGUCAGCAGGGGUGCCGGAAGGCGGAGAUGCAACGACGACGACGAGGACAGCAGAGAGUGACUGGAUCGGGGUUUACGAGCAUUCCCGAACGAGCUCGGGACGUCCGAAGAAGUGCUACUAUUGCAAAAAGUGCGGGACGCGGAUCAUGAACGUCAGCGUCGCCCCGGCAGGCACCAGUAACCCGGGCUUUGUCGCGGUCAAGGGAGGGUGUCUGGAAAGCAUCGACGGGGACAUUUUCACUCAGGCCACGCAUAUCUGGACGAAGAGCGCCUUGGUGCCCAUUCCAGAGGGUGCAGAGUCGUAUCCUGAGGAGCCUCCCCCAAGGGCAUAG